CAGCCAGAAUGAAACUCAAAGACAGCUCUUGCAAGAUGAGGGCUCACUGUUACUGGAAUAUAAACUGGGGCAAUAGCCUGAAAAACAUCAGCUGUCUUCUACCUGUUUCCGAGCCAGAAAACGGACGAGCUUUUUCUAAGAAAGAGACGCUGAUCCACAUGCUACGCUACUUUGACUUUCUCCAGACUCAUAUUCAGAGAUUACACAGCAACCUUCCUCCUCACUACCUCCCUCAGCCCAAUGACAGAGGUGCAAUUCUGUGUGUGUGUGUGUUUUUGAGAGAAGGGUCCGAUUCAGAGAGUGACGACACAGCUCACUCAGAGCUCUGCACACCUCCGUGCAUCUUAAAAGCCAAACGAAAAUAUAGCUGUGGUCGCUCCCGCAAGAAAGACACACCGAAUUCAGAACUGUUUGAUGACAAAAGCCAGACUCUUCGUAAAGAAGAUGCUGAUAGAAAUGUAAAGACAAUCACAAAUGGAGACUGUCCCCAUACACGGGCUGCUGAUGAAACUGUGGGGUCUGCUGAGGACAACUCGCUUCCAUGUUCUUCCGAUUCCAACUACAGUGUCAGUGCAGUUCUACCAACAACCUCGUCGUCCACAGCAGGUCAGAUCGUGGUGCUUUAUUCUGACAGUAUGCUGUCAAACUGGAUCAUGUCAUUUAUUCUGAAAGAUGAAAUGUUUGGAGUUCUUCCUCCUUCGGGCAAAACCCAGUUGGAUGAUAGUCCCACCCUCCCACAGACACCUAUGCUGCCAUUUCUGCCACUGCUGGGAUUUCAAGAAGGCCUAAAUCUCAGUCCCUCGCUGCUCACAUCACCAGCUCGAGGCCUCAGUAACACACUGCUACCUGACGGACAGGAGGAACUGCAGACGUUAUUUGAAGAUGUGUGGGUCACUCCUAAACCUGCUGCUCCCAAGCAUUGCACGCGUGGCAAUGACAGCCCUGCCUUCUAUCAGAGCAAGGUAGAGGACAGACAUUCAGAUGACAUCACCUGGAGCCCAAAUCAGCUCAUCCAUAUGAAGAAAGGAAGGAAAGGUCACCAUAAGAAGGCCUCCAGAAAAGGCCAGGCUGUUUCAGGCCCGAAGAAGAAGAAAUGUGUGAACGGUUUUAUCAUGUUCUGUCGCAUGAACAGGAGAUUGUAUCUCAGGACCCACCCAGGGCUUCCUUCUACUGUAGUGACCAAAGAGCUGGCUAACUUGUGGUGCAUCAUGCCUAAACAAGAGAGGCGUGUUUACUGUCUGAAAGCCCGACAGUUCAGUCGUCAGCACAACCGUAAUGUGCGUGUAAGCGAAGGCCAGGAGGCAGAAGAGGAGAAGGAGGACUACGUUCCCAGUCCACUGCACAUCUUACUGGCGCACAGAGACCUGUGGUUCACCUCCAACGCAAAGCCCUGAGCAUGUUCUUUAUUCUCUCACUGCAACCACACCACACCGAGAUGCUAUCUAAGUGUUUCUCGUUGUGGGGGGAAAAAAAUCAGCCAAAGGGAAAU